AUGUCCACAUCUGCAAUGAAGUCCGUUGCUAUCGCCGCUGUGCUCAUUGGAGCCGUUGGUGCCCGCUGCCAAUCAGCUGAUCCUACCGUUCGUUUGAUGACCUACAAUAUUCGCUGGGCCACGCCUGUCACUGGCAUCAACGAAGCGCAAUGGAAUGUCCGUCGGCCCCGGCUUUCAGCACAGCUCAACUACGAAGCAACAGGCCGUCCAGAGACCCUGGUGUGCAUGCAGGAGGUCAUCGAGAAGCAACUUGUCGACAUCGUCCAAGAUCUCGGUCCUACCUGGGCCCACAUUGGCGUCGGUCGCGACGACGGGGCUGCAGCCGGAGAAUUUUCACCCAUCCUCUACCAGCCAGGAGCUUGGAAUCUUGUGGAGAACAGGACUUACUGGCUGAGCGAGACUCCCGACGUCCCUGGAUCCAAAGGGUGGGAUGCUGCUCUCCCGCGCAUUGUCACAGUUGCCUCCUUUACUCAUGUCCAGUCUGGCUUGCCCUUGGUCUAUAUGUGCACCCACUUCGAUCACCAAGGCCAGACUGCACGUGAGCGAAGUGCAGAGCUUUUGGUGAAGCUUGCAAAGGAGUGGGAAUCGGUAGAAGCAGAGAAAACGCCUGUGUUCUUAGGUGGAGAUCUGAACAUCCAGCCCGACAACCCUGCGUACCAGACUUUGAUUGCCGCUGGCAAUAUGUAUGACACCCGCAAUACGACACCUGAGGCGCGAAGGAUUGGGCACUCGAAGACUUACACGGCUUUUACAAACAUAAAUUGGGACGAUACGCUUAUCGACCACUUGUUCGUGCGGGAUCCGACGGUCAACGGAAUGGAGUUUUUAACGCAUGCGGUAUUGCCAAAUCAGUUUGAUGACGGACUGUUCAUCUCUGAUCAUCGCCCUGUUGUGUCCGAUGUAAAAUUCAAACUCAGCUAA